AUUACUUUAAGUUUUAAUUACUCUAUUAGGAUGUACGUGAUGUAACUAACUACCUGCUAAAGACAGGUAACACAGCGUUUCUAGCUACUACUAGCAUGUUCUGGGUGGUCUUCUCCCUUUUGCUCUCUGGAGUGUCUUCCUUCUACAUUCCCCUUAUUGCCCCUGUGGAAUACAGCAGAGGACAAACCAUCGAGAUCAAGUCGACACAAGUAGAGAGUGUACACACAGAGCUACCGUUUAGUUACCGUAAACUACCUUACUGUUUACCCAAUAAAGAAGUAAACUUUGCUGAGAACUUAGGCGAGGUUUUGCACGGCAGCAGAAUAGUAAACACUGCGUAUACAGUGAAUGUAAUGCAGACUACACCUUGUACUCAAGUGUGCAUGGUAGCUCUCAUGCCUAAAGAGGUAAACAGGAUUAUAGAUAUGAUAGAGAAGGAUUACGAUGUUCACCUGAUCCUAGAUAACCUUCCUGUGGCUCGGAAAUACUCAUCUCCUGAUGGGAAAAUAGAGUUGUAUCACAGAGGACACAAAGUUGGUCAAGUUUACAAGGACAACGUUUACCUGUACAACAACUUCCAUUUCAAGAUCAAGUACCACGUGGGUUCCAUGCCCGGCAAAUUCAGAAUAACUGGAUUUGAGGUUGAGUCUAACAGUCACGCUGGCACUGACUCCUGUACACAGGACGGCACACCACUACUCCUCACUAAAGAUAAAUCAACUACCCUCGCCUUCAGCUACAGUGUGGAAUGGGAGGAAGGUACGAUAGCCUGGGCAUCACGCUGGGACACCUACCUCACCUCGGCUACCAACUCUCAGAUUCACUGGUUCAGUAUUAUUAACUCUCUUAUCAUAGUUCUCUUUCUCUCCGGUCUACUCGCUAUGAUAAUGGUGCGUGCUCUCAGGAGAGACAUUGCUGCUUACAACCUGGACGAGGAAAUGGAUGAUACAUACGAGGAAACAGGAUGGAAGCUACUACACGGAGACGUACUGAGACCACCCAACUUCUGCACAAAUCUAGUGGCUCUUAUAGGUAGUGGUGUACAGAUAGGUUCCACAGCACUAGCCUGUAUAGUACUAAGUGUACUGGGGAUGCUGUCUCCAGCUAGUAGAGGCAGUCUCAUCGGAGCUGGGGUCUCUCUUUUCUUCUUCUUUGGUGUUAUUGGAGGAUACUAUUCUGGUAGACUGUACAGAACCUUUAAAGGACUAGCCUGGAAGCGAGCCUCCUUCCUCACCGCAACUCUCUAUCCUGGGCUUAUCUCCUCGACUUGCUUCAUCUUGAACUUCCUGCUGUGGCAUGCUGGUAGCAGUGGCGCUGUCCCAUUUUCCUAUAUGUGUGCCUUGUUGGCAUUUUGGAUAUGUGUUUCUCUACCACUCGUCUUUAUUGGAUUCUUCUUUGGAUUCCGAAAACAGCCGUAUGAAUAUUCAGUACGCACUAAUAAAAUACCACGCCCCAUUCCCUCUCAACUAUGGUACAUGAGAACUGGUCCCUCAAUGCUGCUGGCUGGCAUCCUUCCAUUUGGGGCUGUCUUUAUCGAACUUUACUUUAUCUUCUCCGCGAUCUGGGAGAACCAAAUUUACACACUGUUCUCAUUCCUGUUCCUUGUGUACGUGAUUCUGGUGAUAUGUUGUGCGGAGAUUGCUGUAGUGAUCGUCUACUUCCAGCUUUGUACCGAGAACUACAGAUGGUGGUGGAAGUCCUUCUUUUCUGCUGCUGGAACUGGAUUGUACGUCUUCGCUUAUGGGGUCUUUUUCUACUAUACCAAGUUGGAGAUAGUUGGUUUCACGUCUACAGUCCUGUAUCUUGGUUACACAGCCCUAAUGUCCAUUACAUUCGGCAUAUUCACCGGCUCUGUCGGCUUCUUCGCUUCCUUCCUCUUCGUCAGAUACGUCUACAGUGCAGUUAAAAUAGAUUAGCUUGGUUAACUUAUUGGGGUCGUUAUUAGUGGAGUUGUUAGUAGGGAUAUCACAUGACAAGCCCUACGUUAUUAGUGGAGUUGUUAGUAGGGAUAUCACAUGACAAGCCCUACGUUAUUAGUGGAGUUGUUGGACAGGUUAGGCAGUACUCAUGUGAUCCGCCGUGCAACAACAACACAAGAUACAAGGGUUUUAUAAAUCAUGUUGUUGGGCUUGUUUUGAGGGUAACUGCAGUAGUAUACAGCAGUGUACUGCCUUAGUGGCGUACCCCAAAUAUUGCUCAACGCCAAGUCUGAAAUAUUUCAUUUGAUUUAUUUAAGUUGUCCCUGGAAGAAAUUCCAGUUUAUUUUUAGGUCACAAUGUUUUUGGCGGGAGCAUGAAUACUUCUUACUCAAUUUAAUCGGAGAUUUUUAAAAUACCACGUUUUUAUUGAUAUUUAUCACGUGGCUGGUUUUACUUUUACGAACUAAAAUUCUGACAAUAUAUAUUUAUUGUGCACUCUUCAUUGAGAGAUGAGACGCAACCUCGUGCAGUCAGGGUUAAGAUUCCUCAUUUGUAGACGGUUUUAUAUUUGUCUUCUGGGAUCUUACUAGUUAAUUGAAUGAUUGUAAAUUAUCAAAAUAGAAAUAGCAAGUAUUAAUUAUGAUGAACCUUUUUGUUUGCAGAUGUAUUGAUAUUCUAGACAUUUCACGUUA